AUGAAAGCAGACCUCAAAGUCUGGCUCGACUUCCUCCAAUCAUUUAAUGGCAUUUCAGUCAUUACAGAAGGUGUAUGGGUGAAUAAUGAGACUCUACAACUCUACACUGAUAGCGCAGGGGGAGAGAAGGGGGGCUUUGUGGGGCAAAUUCCGACGGCUAGCACCGGCAGCGGAUCCAUGGCCAACACCGCUUCCCAAGAAUUUGUGGGAAAUUUAACAAGGGAGGCAAACAGACUUAUACAGGGUUCACUAUCAGCAAACACAUACAAAGCUUACCAGGGGGCUCUUACCAACUUCAAAAAAAUCCUGAAUAAUAGUGGGACCACAUUGUAUUUCCCCAUUCCUGUUGAUCAUUUGCUUAAUUUCAUUGCCCACCUUUCUAUUUCAGGUACAGCUUAUAGAACAGCUGCACUGUACAUUAGCGCAUUAUCAUAUAUCCAUAAAUUAAGAGGCAUACAAGAUAACACUCAAUCAUUCAUUGUCAAAAAAGCCUUGCAGGGUCUCCACAAAAAGAGAGGUAUCGCUGUUGAUUCUCGAAUCCCAUUAACUGUAUCUAUCUUGGAGCAUGUAGUAUCAGCAUUGCCGUCAGUGUGUAGAUCAUCUUACGAGGCAGUUUUAUUUUCCACACUUUUUUCAAUUGCAUAUCACGGCUUGCUUAGAGUAAGUGAAGUUUUGAAUAUCCAUAGGGCACACAUCACGUUUACUAGAAGCAAGGUCAGCAUCUUAAUUCCCAGGUCCAAAACUGACCAAAUGGGAAAUACAACAACAUUGCAUAUUUCCAAACAGUCAAAUUUGGUUAUUUGCCCAGUACAGUGGGCACUCAAGUUUUUGCAGCUGCGCCCUAAUGAUGGUUCCCUUUUAUGCUUUAUUCAUGUCGACAAUAAGGUUGUAACAAGAUACCAAUUCAACUAUGUGCUUCAAAAAGCUCUUCAAUUCAGGAACAUUCAAGGACACUUUAGACCACAUAGUUUUAGAAUAGGCAGGGCUACAGAUCUUGAAAACAGGGGUUUCCAGAUUCAGAAAUAA